AUGACAGCCAUACACGCGUGGGUUCGGCUGAGUCGACAGCUGAGACGACCUACAAGCACUGAAACAAAUGGGAGGGGCAAAUGCGCGCUGACUCAUACACAUGAGGAAGCCAUAAGAAUGGAUUGCCAUCGAAGAGCCAGGCCAGUAACCUCGCCAGACCCAUUGGACGCAAUACAGACACAUGUGCAGGACACACGUCGAAGCGACGAUCGUGAAAAGACAGGCAUACACACAACCGGAGCGACAACACAGCUCGACCAAUGA